CAAUUUUAUCACUCAUCCCAGACAUAUCUCAACAUGACAGGUAAUGGUAAGGGCGAAGACGACGUCAGCUUGCCGAAAGCUACCGUCCUCAAGAUCAUCCAAGAAAUGCUUCCAGAGGAUAUAUCUGCAUCAAAAGAGGCCAAGGACAUUAUAUUUGACUGCUGUACUGAAUGGAUAAAGCUCAUUUCCACCCAAUCCAAUAUGGUCUGUGAAGCCUCUUCUAAAAAGACCAUAUCGCCUGAGCACGUCGUAGAAGCGCUCAAACAACUGGGGUUUGAAGACUUUGUGGCCGAGGUGGAAGAGUCGAACAAGGACUUUAAACAGGCUCAAAAGGAGCGUGUACGAUCACAGCCAGAUACCAAGGGCAUGACAGAGGAAGAACUGCUGGAACUGCAAGAACGUCUGUUUGCGUCUAGCCACGCCAGAUUUGCAGCAGGGCAGCAAUAAAAAUAAAAUGAACUUUAGAGGCAGAACAAAAGGACGAGUGGACAUGUUGUAUUUCUACUAUUGACAUUUGGCAGCAUAAUGCAUGUACGAUACCAA